AUGACCGUCCAGGCGAGGAGGUCCUCCGCGGCCUACACGAAACCGUCGCCCUAUUCUUCCCGUAUACCAGACAGCGACGUCGAGAAAAACUCUCACGCCCGUUCCCCCUACCAUCGCAGUCUAAGUGACCGCAGCGAUCGCAGCGAUGACUUCGAUAGUGGCCCUGGUCACUCCUCCUCUCAUACCCACCCGUUCGUGGCGGUAGUCGACGAGGCACUGGAUCCGCGGUGGGCUUUCGCGUCCCACAGCGCGUUAUGCGAUACCUCUGCUUCGGCCUAUUCUUUUUCGCUAAUAAUCUUCAUUUUGGUCCUCUUCCGCUUCACAAUCUCUUCUUCCGUCUCCAAAGUCGCCGUGGAAUUGCCCAAGGUCGGAACGCCCAAACCGCCCAUGUGGGAGAGCUUCCCAUUCCUCAGUCGGUACGAAGGCGGCUUGACGAAUCUCGUGUCUCGCGCUGACAACGUCCCUGAAUACCCUGGAAAUGGUGCGCCUGCAUUGGCUGCGUCUGGGGAGGAGAGCAACCAGGAGGCUAGUAAAUUGGCGUCUAGAGACCUGAAGCCGUCGUUGCUGAGCUCGGCGUUCAACCCCUACCCAGACUAUUCCUCGCAGGAGUAUAUUGAAAAAUAUGGGGAGAAACAUGAGUGUUUCUUGGAUAAGGAGGGCCUUGUUCGUAUCCCACCCGUACAGUCUUUCCCCGGUGUGCCCAAGGGGUUCCCGGACCCGGUCAUGGGCUCAAACACGAUGCUUGGUAUUCGCGACGAUAUGUGCUUUGAUCGCUUUGGCCGUCUGGGGCCAUACGGUCUCGGAUAUGGUGUCAAAAAAGGCGGCAUCGGUGCUGGGCUAGAGGGCCACCGGGACGGAGCAGACCGUAUUUGGGAAGAUGCGCCUCCGGAGCGAUGCGCUGCCGCGAACAUCCAUCGCUUCAAGGAUCUUCCUGAACCGCCGCCUCACCGGCCUUUUUCGAGACCCGUCGGAGCUCAACACAACGAGAACCCUGAGCCCAAGGGGAAGGCUGGAUUGGAGCGUCUCCCGAGGACUGCAGUGGUUAUCCGUACCUGGCAUGAUUUCCAUUAUACCCCUGAAGAUAUCCUGUACAUGCGAUCUUUGAUUUCUGAACUCUCGUUAGCGUCAGGUGGUGAAUACACCGUCCAUUUCCUUGUCCAUGUGAAGGACAACGAAAUCCCGAUUUGGUCAGACAACGAAACCUAUCAACGAGUGCUGAAUGACGCUCUGCCAGAAGAGUUCCGUGGGAUGGGAACAUUAUGGUCAGAGGCGCAGAUGGAGUUGAUGUACCGAGCCCUCGAGGAAACCUUCAUGCGUGGGCUGCCAAUCCAUGGUGUCUAUCGUAGCACAUACAUGCCGAUGCAGUACUUCGCCUACGAACAUCCGGAAUACGACUUCUUUUGGAACUGGGAGAUGGACGCCCGCUACACCGGCCACUGGUACCAUUUCUUCAGUAAGGUUGUUGACUGGGCAAAGAAGCAGCCACGUAAGGGCCUGUGGGAGCGCAAUGGCCGCUUCUAUGUUCCUUCUGUCCAUGGCUCAUGGGAAGACUUCCAGCAGAUGGUCCGCGUGCAAACGGAGAUUGGCACCAACAGCCCCAACAACAUGUGGAGUGUUGUUAAGCCUGACUCCGAUGGCGCUGUCCGCGAUGCGAAUGGAGUACACCAGCAAGGCGACAAGUUCAUCUGGGGUCCCGAAAGGCCUGACGAGCGCGACAUCUUCGAAGUCGAUGGCGAGGGCAUCCCCCCAACAACAAUCGACAAGGACCAGUACCAGUGGGGCGUCGGCGAAGAGGCAGAUCUGAUCGUGUUCAACCCGCUGUACGACCCGGAGGGCACGACCUGGCUCCUCCGAGACGACGUUACAGGCUACAACAAGGAGCAUGGUAUGCCACCUCGCCGAACCGCUAUCAUCACCGCAUCUCGCCUCUCCCGCAAACUCCUCAUCACUAUGCACCGCGAGACCUCUCUCCGACGCCACAGCAUGUUCUCCGAGAUGUGGCCCGCCUCGACCGCGCUGCACCACGGAUUCAAGGCCGUGUACGUGCCGCACGCGGUCUACAUUGACCGCCGCUGGCCCACGAAGUACCUUGAAUCCGUGUUCAACGCCGGCCGCAACGGCGCAUCCGGAGGCGCGCGAACCUCGGUCUUCGGCGACCGCGAGCACAAUUUCCGCGGCACCACCUGGUUCUAUUCGGCGGGCUUCUCGCCCAACCUCUGGCGACGCUGGCUCGGCAUGCGCGUCGAUAACGAUGGCGGCGAACAGCGGGAGCUCGCCGGCGAAGGCCGGAUGUGUCUUCCACCGAUGCUCCUGCACCCGAUCAAGGACGUGCAGAUGAUUAUCGACGACGGGGAACACGCGGAGGACCGAUGA